AUGGACAAAGCGAUGCUUGCAUUAUCCCUUACAGAAGAUGAUGAUGCUCCGUUUAACCUUCCGGAUCUACCUCAAUACUAUGCUACUGAAAGGAAUGCCAACAGUCUGAUUGGCCGUUUACUCAACCCAGAACAUCAAAAUAUGGCAAACUUGAUCCUCGAGAUGCCGCGCAAAUGGCAGAAAAACAAUCGGGUCAGAGGUAUCACACUUACAAGGGAGAGAUUCCAGUUUAUCUUCAACCAUGCACAUGAUCUAGAAGAAAUUCUAGAAAAAGGUUUUCACACCUUUGAUGAUUGGGGUUUAGCGGUUGAAAGAUGGGUGGAACAUCCUCCUCCAGGUUUUCUACAAAGCGUGCAAAUCUGGAUGCAAAUCAAGAACAUACCGGUGAAUCAUUACACAAAAGAAGCUAUCUCUGAACUUGGUGGUCUGAUCGGCCAUGUAAUAGAAGUUGCGUUUGAUCCUGACAAGCCUCAAAGACAAGAUUACGUAAGAGUCAAAAUUCUCUUAGACGUCUCCAAGCCACUAAAGAAAUCAAGAAUCCUGAACCUACCAGGAGGAGGAAAAACUACAAUUUUAUACUUCUAUGAGAAGGUACAGAGGCGAUCUCACCAACAAGAUCUUCCUAGGAACAUAACUCCAUCAACAUCAUCUUCUCAUCAAGUUCAAGUUCGACCAAUCUUGUCUGACACAGAUCUUCUGUUUGGAGUCUUAAAUGAAAACCAAGUCGGGAUCAACUCUUCAACAGGCAGGCCAAAGAUAAAUUCAGAAGUUCUGCAAGAAAUGAGAAACUACCUUCUGGCGUCAAGUAAUGAAGAUAGGUUGAUCAGAGAACAAAGAGUGAUAUCAUCAGUUAGAGAAGCAGAAAAGGAUCCCAUCACUCGGAAGACUGUUUUACAGUUAGAAACUCCUCCAAGCUUCACAACCGAUAUCAACAAAGGAAAAGGAAUUGUCUUUGGUUAUGAUACUGAUUCAUCCUCUACUCAGUCUACUAUCAAAGAUCAUCAAGGACCAAAGCUAAUGGCUGAAGCAAUACAGUCAGCUCGGAAAUUAGAUCACAAUGAUCUGGAUGCUUUCUCAAGAUUAUCUCUGCCUUACUCCUCAAGCUAA